UUCGCAGAAUCAGUGACAUAACAGACAGUUCAAAAUAGUGUGGCACGUGCUUGAAGUGGAAAUUGUCAUACGUGUAUCUUUUAUGUUGUGCCCACGCUUCUAACACUGAUGAUCGAUAUAUUACAUUACGUCUUGUUGAAUAUUACGAAAGAAUUUAACAGCGUAUUUCAUUCUUUUUCCUACGUGAAUUAGAAUGACUAGUAAAAAAGGACACACCCUCCGAAUUGAAUCAGAAAUCGAUAAAAACCGUGAGGACGGAAAUUGGAAAAAGGUUAUAGAAUUGGCGGAACACCUGAAAGUACAGUACCCUAGUAAUGAAUGUUUAGCAAAUUUUUUAUGUGGGGAAGGAAGAUUAGAAAGCUUUUUAGAACAAACUCCACCUAUAGAUGCCAACAUUGGAAAAGCUAGAAAUGGACUACAAGAAACUAGAAAAUACUUGAUCCUUGCGGCAAAUGAAAAAGAUAAACAAGCUUUGGUUGUAUUGGAUGCACAUUUACUACUUGGUAAAUUGCAUUAUGCAAUGGGAAUGUAUGAAGAAGCUCUUAAACAUUAUCAACAAGCUGAAUUACAUACACUUACAGAAAAACCAUUACCUUGUAGAAGCCUACGUAUUAUUGCAGAAUCAUAUGCAAUUAAAGGUCUUUGUUUGGAAAAGUUACCACCAAAUUCUAAAUCAAAAUAUAAAAUAGCAGAAUGGCAAGAACAAAUCAUCAAAUGUUACGAAAUUACUGGGGACCUGACAUUGGUGUAUUUACAAGAACAAGAAAAACUUGCAAUGCAACAUCAAAAUGGCACGUCUACCGUAAAUAGUAACAAUGCAGGUACAUAUUCCUCUCAGUCUUCGUAUUGUUCUACAAAACAUAUUGGGCCAAUUUUGGAAACUGCACUACAAAGGGCACCCAUAUUGUACAUUCAAACUGGUAAUAUUCAAGGUGCAAUAAACCGUUACAGGGAAAUUUUAUCUGCUGUGGAGUCUACAACUACUCAAAGUCUUAGAGUUACUUUAACAAGACAAUUGGCAGAAGUAUUAGUUCGAGGAAUUAGCGGUGCGGAAUAUAAAGCUCCAGAAGCACCAAGUGAUUCAACAGGUAAUAUUAUUAAUAAAACGAUUGUUAUUAUGAUAAAAUUUGAGAUAAAAAUAAAAUAUUAAAUCAUUAUUGUACUUUUCUCAGAUUCACCUUGGAAGCCAAAGAAAUAUUUAGGUCCUAAUAUGUUUGUGCCAAGAAAUGAGUAUGAAGAAACAAUUCUGUUAUUAUUAAUAAGCGAAGCUAUGGCAGUUAGAGAUGCUGUCCUUAGUCAAUCUCCAGAAUUUAAAGAUGCAAGAAUACAUGCUUUUGAAAACGCCACUGCAGUAUAUGAUCUCCUCACAGUAGUCGUUGUGAGAUGGAGUCAAGUAGAUUUGCUAUAUGAGUCAUUUGAAAGAGCAAUGAAAUUUUCUCAUGAGGAAGCCCAUGUAUGGACUCAGUGUGCAUUAUGUUUAAUUAGUAUGGGGAGAUAUAUGCAUGCAUAUAGAGUUUUGAAAAUAGUAGCAAGAUUAUCACCACAAAAGGUAAUGCCUUGUCUUUUAGCUGCAAGGUUGUGCUAUGAACAAUUAAAUAUGAUAAAAGAAGGUAUUGAAUGGAGUCAAAAAGCACUCCAAAGAGAAACAUCAAAUUCUCAAGGAAUGCAAUCAAGAUGUCAUCUCUAUAUUGGUAUUGGUCAUAGCAUUCUUGCUACAAACACUAUAGUAAAAAUGGAUAAAACUUACCAUACCAAAACAGCUUUAGAAUGUUUUCAAAAGGCGCAACAGUGUGAUCCAAACGAUCAUUUAGCUGAAUACUAUUUAGCACACGAAUAUGCAAUUAACAGACAAAUUAACGACGCAAUGGUUCAUGUAAAAAUUGCGUUAAAUCUUCGGGCAGAACACAUUCCAUCCUUGCAUUUAUUGGUAUUACUGCUGUCGGCACAUAAGCAAUAUUCAGAAGCAUUGCAUCUAAUAAACAGUGUGUUAGAAGAAUAUCCAGAUAAUUUAAAUUUUCUUUAUAUAAAAGCACAUCUCGAAUUACAAAGUAUCGGUGGUGAACAAGCAUUGUUCACCAUAAGACAUAUGCUUUUACUUUGGAAAAAUUUGUAUGAAGAUCAAACUAAUGCUAAUUGUAAUGAACAGCACAGUGAGAAACGCAGUGAAACAAGAAGUGUUUUUCAAUUGUAUGCUUCUGAAAUGUCUGAUAAAGACUCUAGUUCUGUACAUGCACAAUCAUUAGCUGCUUCAAGAGUAGAACAAGCCUUAUCUGAAGUUGCAUCAUCACUUAGCUCUUUUACCCCAAAGCCUGGACCACAAAGAGCAUGGCUAUUACAAUUACAAGUUUGGUUAUUACUUACCGAAGUAUACCUAGUUUUAGAUCAGCCAAAUGGUGCUGUUCUUUCCUUACAAGAAGCCACGAAUAUUUUUCCACUAAGUCACCAUAUUAUGUAUACACGGGGUCUUCUUCAUGAAUAUAAAUUGGAAUAUAUGGAAGCAAAGCAAUGUUAUCAGAAUGCAGUUUCAAUUAAUCCAUCACAUAUCAAAAGUUUACAACAUUUGGGAUUAAUUUAUCACUAUUUGGGAAGUCAAAGGUUAGCUGAAAAAACUUUACGGGAUGCUGCAAAAAUUGACCCAAAUUCUCAUCAAACAUGGUAUAAUUUGGGAAAAGUGUUGGAAUCCUUAGGUGAAGUAGAAGCAGCAAGUGAUUGUAUGGCAACAGCAUUGGAAGUGGAAACCACAAAUCCAAUAUUACCAAUUCUCUCGAUUCCAGUUACAUUUGAAUGAAUUUAAAAUUUUAAUUAUUUAAAUAUAAUUAAAAACAAAUCACAAUUUAUUGUGCAACAUUGGCAUUUGUUUGCUCUUGUGGCAAUAGUACCUGCUUAUCUCUAAACUGUUGCAUUAUUGUACAAAUAAAUGAAUUCUUUAAAAAGUAUUAGAAUUAUGCAAAUAAUUUAUCAACAAUCAAUGUAAAAAUCUCUAAUAAAGAAAUAGUUAUAUGAUAAAAAA